AUGAAAAACUCAUCGCAUUCGAAACAAAGAGUCUUCUCUGCAAUAGAUCACGUCCAAGUAAUGGUUGAAUUAUUUGACAAGAAGAGAAAGGUAGAAGUAUCUGCUCCUGUGAAGAGGGCGCCAAGACCUUCCAAAAUCUUCAGUCCAUUCAGGGUUUUGGGAAAUGUAACUGACUCAACUCCGUUUGCCAUAGGUACUUUGGGAUCAACAUUUUAUGCCGUUACAUCUGCAGGAAGAACGUUUCAAAUUUAUGAUUUGGCAACUUUGCACUUGUUGUUUGUAUCCCAUACUCAAACAAAGUCCAAGAUUACAUGUUUUGCUACUCAUCACCAAUAUGUUUUUGCUGCUUACGGCAACGAAAUUGGGAUUUAUAGACGAGGAAGAUUAGAAAAGACAUUGAGUUGUGAAACGACAGGUGUCAUCGGCAAUUUAUGCUAUUUCGGAGAGUACCUUGUAGCAGGGAGUUCCGACGGAGACUUGUUUAUAUUUAAAAAAUCACAAGGGUCUAAAUUUUCAGCUGAGUUAUACUCCGUCGUCAAAGCAAUCAAUACCAGUGUUGAUGGGGACAUAGUUGGGAUUGUUCAUCCACCAACAUAUUUGAACAAGGUUGCGGUAGCAACUACCACCUCAAUUGUCAUUGUGAAUGUUCGCCUGGGAAAAGUUUUGUUCAAAUCACCACAGCAUCAAUUCGGCGAGGAGAGCAUUUCUUGUAUUGAAUGUGCUCCAGCACUUGACAUUGUAGCAGUUGGUACUGCUACCGGUAAUGUGGUUAUCUACAAUUUGAGAAAGGGGUUGAUUUUGGGGGACAAAAUCACCACAUCAGGAUCGGAGACCUCUGCUAAGGUUACAUCAGUUUCGUUCAGAACCGAUGGUCAACCGCAUUUCGUUGCCAGUUUGAAUAAUGGGGACUUGUAUUUUCACGAUUUAGGUAAAAACAGUCGUGUCCAUAUAUUGAGAAACGCACAUAAGGAGUCAUUUGGAGGUGUUGCAAAGGCUCAAUUUUUAAAUGGGCAACCUAUUGUUUUAACAAAUGGUGGUGACAACCACUUGAAGGAGUUUGUGUUCGAUCCAAGUCUCACUUCAACAAACUCAUCUAUAAUAACCCCACCGCGUCAUUUAAGAUCAAGAGGAGGCCAUUCGGCUCCACCAGUAGCAAUUACAUUCCCCGAAGAAGACAAGACUCAUUUUCUAUUAAGUGCCUCAAGAGACCGGUCCUUUUGGAGCUUUUCGUUACGAAAAGAUGCACAAGCCCAAGAGUUCUCUCAGAGAAUGCACAAGUCAAAGGAUGGGAAAAGACAAGCAGGUGUAGUCGCUUCAUUGAAAGAGAAAUUCCCCGAAAUCAUUGCUAUUUCGUCAUCAGAGGCCAGAACUGGAGACUGGGAAAACAUAAUCACUGCACAUAAGGAUGAGGCUUUUGCCAGAACUUGGGACUCAUCGACAAAAAGAGUUGGAAGAAACGUUUUAAACACUGUAGACCAAGGGUUCUGUAAGUCGGUUUGCAUUUCUCAGUGUGGUAACUUUGGACUUGUUGGGUCUUCAUUAGGAGGUAUUGGUGUUUAUAAUUUGCAAUCUGGUUUAUUGAGGAAAAAGUAUAUCUUGCAUAAGCAAGCCGUGACCGGGCUCGCAAUAGAUGGUAUGAAUAGAAAGAUGGUGAGCUGUGGAUUAGACGGAAUUGUUGGGUUUUAUGAUUUUGGUAAGUCAAAAUACUUGAACAAGUUGCAAUUGGAAGCCCCCAUUACCACCAUGGUGUAUCACAAGCUGUCUGACUUGAUAGCAUGUGCAUUGGAUGACUUGUCAAUUGUGGUGAUUGAUGUUACGACGCAAAAAGUUGUCAGGGUUCUCGUUGGACACUCAAAUCGAAUUUCUGGUUUGGACUUUUCCCCAGACGGGAGAUGGAUUGUGUCCGUUGGCUUGGAUUCGACUAUGAGAACGUGGGAUCUUCCUACUGGCGGUUGUAUUGAUGGUGUUGUGUUGCCGGUGGUUGCUACUUCAGUUAAAUUUUCGCCAAUUGGUGAUUUAAUCGCUACAACUCAUGUUUCUGGUAAUGGAAUAUCAUUGUGGACAAACCGUGCUCAGUUUAAGCCUGUUUCAACAAGGCAUAUUGAAGACGAUGAAUUUUCUACGAUUUUACUACCAAAUGUAGCGGGCGAUGGCGGAUCCACUAUUCUUGAUGGGGCCUUGGAUGAGGAAAAUGACGGAGAAGAAUACGUAUUAGGGAAAUAUGAAUCUAAGGAACAAAUCGAUGAUAGUUUGGUAACUUUGUCCGUAGGACCAAGAACAAAAUUCAACACAUUACUUCAUCUAGACACAAUCAAGCAAAAUAACAAACCGAGAGAGGCAGUAAAGAAGCCAGAGAAGGCGCCAUUUUUCUUAAGUUUAAGUGGUGAAGCAGUAGGGGACAGAGCAUCAGUUGCAGAAGGUGCACAACACAGAGAGGCGACACAGCCCACAGAGGAUGACAGCAGGUUGUUAUCAUUGAAGGAAGCAAAUGGUCACUCUUUUGAAAGUGAAUUUACAAAAUUGUUGAGAUUUGCUAGUGAAAGAAAUGAGUUUACUUCUUUCUUGGACUACCUUGUUAAAUUGCCACCUUCAACGUUGGACCUUGAAAUCAGAUCUUUGAACUCACAACCACCUUACAAAGAGAUUACUAAUUUUAUACAAGCAUUGACUGUUGGUUUGGAAAGGAAUACAAAUUUUGAACUUAUUGAGACAAUCUUUUCAUUACUUUUGAAAGUUCACGGUGAUAUUAUCCAUCAAAGUGAAGAUGUUGCUGACUUGCACAUCGCAUUGGAUGAAUACUCCCAAGUAAAUGAAGGACUCAAUGGUAGAAUGGAUGAAGCUGUCAAGUAUUGCUCAAACAUUCUUGAGCCUUCGACUAGGAUACGAAUAUCCCAACUACGUCAUAGUAAUAGUAAGGUCACAUCGAUUCUUCAAGUUGAAAACCAAAUUUACGUCGGAUGCAGCAAUGGUGAUCUACUUGUUUUCACUAGUUCUACUACAGGACAAUCGACACCAGACAAAGACCUCGAAUAUCCCACCAUCAGUAGCACAGCAGCCACACUUCAAUCCCUGGCGACGAGAUCUAUCCGAUCAACAAAAUCCUACACUGAUACUCGGAACUUGUUCGCAGACAGUCAUGGAUACACAUUGUCCGGCACAUUCAAGAAUAUCACAGUGGAUAGUUCCAGCAUCAUAACCAUUCAAUUACUUCCAAUUGCAAACUCGCAACCAAACUCACAGAAAACAGUUAUCCUAAUAACUAGCAUAUCAUCAUUAAAAAUUUACGAACUUGUGGGAAGUCAUACUAAUCUAAUUUACUCUCUUGACGAAACCAAAUUUGCCAAUCCGUUGUAUGUCGAACACAACAGCAGCCGUAUAUUGACAAUUGGGUAUAAAAAGAAAGUGGUGCUCUUAUCAAUAACAAACAAGUCUCGUAAUGUUUUGCAAUUUACCAAGGUAAAGGAGCUUCCAUUGAAGGAUAGAAUACGAACUAUCAACAACUACGAUGAGAAUCGAAUUUUGAUUGGAGUUGAAAGCGACUAUUUUUUGUUGGACAAGGACACCUUUGAAACUUCCCUGUUCUCAGGACGCGGGUCUCUGGAAAUAUUCACCAAUGCGACGUCAUUUACAUAUUUUGGGUUAUCGUCAUCAGGUCCCCUGGUUUGGACCUUGCCUACAGGAGGAAGCCAAAUAACACUCAUAAAAGACACCACUGUUGUACAACUUGACAAGAAUACCAACACCAUUUCCACAUCUCCUAUUAAAUUGACAACAGUCCCAUUGGCUGUGUUAUACAUUGACCCGAUGUAUUUGCUAGUUGUCUAUGCGAAAAGAAUGGAAGUAGUAGAUUUAAAAGGGUCUGUCAUCCAAAAGUUUCUGCACCAUAUUAAUUCCAAUCUGAUAGCGGCUGACUUUAAUGGCUCAACUUUGAUCUUGGCAUCUGGAACAAAUAUGUUCCAAUUUAAUAUCGUUGCAUAUCAACAGCAGUUGACUCAGUACUUGAGCAUAGGUGGCAAACUACUGGGUACCUCAAGAGAGUCAAGUAAUGAUUUGAGGCUCACAGGGUUGGACAAGGCUAUCCAGCUCGUGACUCUAUUGCCAACUGAAAGCGGUGAUUUUUUCAACACCAUCAAAUCAAAAGAGUUGAAGCUUCGCGAGCUAUAUAAGCUAAAAGCAAUCUACUUGUUUGAAUCAUACUCAAAAUACCAUGAAUCUUUAGUUGAAAUUGGCUCGGAGUGGCUACUUUCAUUUCGUGACAUUCUUUCAUUAUUCCCAGACUUUUUGAAUGCUGAAAUCCGACUUGGCGGUAACGAGGUGGAAAUCGCCAAGGAAACCGCACUAAAGACAGUCAACCCCAUCAAAAAAGUUACAACACAAGACUUGGAAUUGAAUCCAAUAUCGGAGUCCGAAUACGAAACAGACGCAACCACUAGAAAGUCAAUGCGGCCAGUUAAAAGGUCGCCCAAAGUACAAUCUAUCCGACGAUUUGCCAAAGCGGUUAAUAACUUGAUUAUUUAUUUAACUGAACAAAGACGGAUAUUGUGGCAAUUUCAUGACAAGCGGACAAUUCAGUGGAGAAAUAUUGGGCUCGAACCGACUGAUAUUUACCCUCCAAUGGAAAACCAAUUGGAGCUGGUUUCCAUCAUUAUCGACACCUCAUUGUUCCUUUGUUACUUUUAUUGUAAACCCAUGCUUCUUGGCCCUUUGCUUCGUUUGCCUAAUAACCAAUGCGAUUCCAAGAUUGUACAUCAAUGUUUGAUGAGCAAUGUACAUAACCAUAUACAACAACGCAAUCUCAAGCAGCCAAACUUUAUCAAGGAGCUACUUGAUUUUUAUUAUGGGCGUGGCUUGCAUAAGGAGGCAUUGGAUAUGAUGUACAAUUUGGCCCACGAUGGCGCUCAAGUUAAUCAUUCGAAUGAAGACGACAACACUUAUGAUGAAUUUAUAAAAAGCCCUCAAUUGACGGUCCAGUACUUGCUGAAAUUAACAAAUGAACAUCUACUGCUAAUAUUGGAAUAUGCAAAGUGGGUUAUUGAUGCUGAUGCACUGAAUAGCGAGAAACUAUUUAUGAAUGACUCUUAUGAAUGUGAGAGUUAUGACCCUGAAGUAGUAUACCAGUUUUUUAUCAAGAGAAAGGAUUAUACUACUGCGAUCAGAUAUUUGGAAUGGUUGUUGUAUGAGAGUGAUGUAAAGGAAAAAUUGAAAAGAACGAAACUAUUUAGUACUUUCGAAACAAAGCUUUGCUGCUUGUACUUGAAAGAGAUUAAAAACGACGUGAAGGUGGAUGAGUACUACCGCAAACUUUCUGAAAUAUUGUCCCUGAGUGGCUUUUACGAUCCAUGGCCAGUGUUGAAAGAUAUACCCACAACCGAGGAUAAAAUGUUGAGAUUAACUGUAUUUGUUUACAAAAAGCUUGAAGAGCAUGAAAAAGCCAUUGAUGUGUUGUACAAUCAACUAAAUGAUUUGAAUGCUUCCAUGAAGUAUUGUUCCAAAAUAUAUGAGAAGCCCAAUGGGACCACCGUGGGAACAAACUUGUUUCACAAGUUGCUUGAAGAUUUACUCGUGAAUUGCAAAGAAAACAUCGAUGAUAUCGCUAUAUUACUUUCCCAACAAGGAUCCAAGAUGUCAAUUCACAAGGUCUUUAAACUUCUCCCUUCUUCAUUCCCAUUGGGGAAAUUGUCACAAUUCCUCACGAAUCAGAUCCAAAAAGUGGACAACAAAACGCACGAUUCCAAAAUGUGCUCUCAAUUAUACAAAGUGGGUUCCACCAAUUUGAAGUAUAAGGUACUAAAUCUACAAGAUGAGGGCUAUAAGAUCAAUUCCAGUAAACAAAAGUGCACAAUUUGUAAUGAACGUUUGGGUUACAGUUACUUUACCGUGUCCGAUGACGAUACUAUUGUACAUUACGGGUGUGGACAAAAGUUGAAGAAUGCCAAAUAG